GGAUUAUCUCUUAGAAAUCAUUCAUUUUACUCCUUAGAUAUUUCUGAAUGUUCUUAUUUGAGUGAUAUAGCUCUUCAACAAAUGCGUCAAAAUAAUAUUCGUUGGUUGAACUUGGAUUGGUGUUGGAAUGUAAAGGAAAAUAGCAUUCACACAAUACUCACCUCAUGCCCAAAUAUUCAAGAAUUAAUGGUAACUGGAUGUAAUGAAAUAACUUGUGAAUCGAUAAUUGGUAGAAAAUUUCAGAAUCUGAAAGUUCUAAAUCUUUGGAGUUGUAGAGCUGUUGAACCUGCCACUCUUAAAGCGAUCAGUGAACUUAAUAAGAAUGUCUAUAUAAUUGAUUAUUAUGGUGAGGUUUAUAAAGAUGGAAAGAAAAUUGGCUUUAAGGAUGAAGUGUAUGUUGUUGGUGAAGAUGUUGAAUGGAUGGUUGGGGGUAGGGAACGAAGGUGUGGUGGUUUAUUGAGU